CUAAUCUAACAGGUUGUUAAACUCAGAACCCUUCCUGUCCUCGCGCCAUAGGAACUACAGCAGCAGCAGCAUUUGGAACCGGCCAUGGCGACGCCUUCAGCGGCUAUGGCGGUGAAAUCUCUUAAUAAAUGCGGCGGAAAGCGUUUUGUUUUUAAGACGUUUUCGCAAAGAGUGGAAGAAAUUAAUAUAGAUGUUUAUCGAAGUCUGGAGCCAUUGAAGGCAGAGCCCUCGGAAGGCUCUUCUUUUUUUCUUGAUGCUCUUGUAGAAUAUAGAGAGCUGAACACAGCUGAGGAUUUUAUAUCAUUUUAUGAGGAAACCUUACCUUUGGUACAGACACUGCCACAAAUUAUCUUGCAAAAGAAUUUAAUAAUUUCAAACCUCAUUUCUAGAUUGAAAAUAGAAGGAAGAUUGUCACUCGAACCUAUUACGAGGUUAAUUGCCGCUUUGUCAAGAGAUCUACAAAACGACUUCAUACCCUAUCUUCCCAAAAUUUCCAAUUCUUUGGAAUCUCUUCUUAAAUGUGGUGCUGACAGUGACCCUGAAAUAAUUGAGCAGAUAUUCACAUCAUGGUCAUAUAUUAUGAUGUACUUGCAGAAGUACCUGGUGAAGGAUGUUGGUUUUAUUUUAAGAGUUACCGAAAAACUUAGAUACUAUCCGAAAGAUUAUAUUCGAGAGUUUAUGGCAGAAUCAAUAUCAUUUUUGCUAAGGAAAACACCAAUCCCACAGCUAAAGAAAGGUAUUACAAAUCUCAUGACUGAAGUUGUGGAUGAACCAUCAGAUACAAGAACAUCUGGUGUUAGCGCAUUGCUGUCUUAUGUUAUGAGAAUUACACCAUCUAGGUUGCACUCAAGAAAAGAAACACUAAUGACAAUACUGGUGGAUGACACCAUCUUCGAAAUUGGUGAUCAGAAUAUUGAAGGAUCAAAUGCUGUUCUUGAAGUUCUGGUAAUGACUUUCCAGAGACUCGACGCAGAUCUCGAUUCCACAGAAUUGACAUUCUUGUGGAAAUACUUGUGUGAAAAAGUAACAGAUUCCGUGACCAACCAGAAUAUUUUGCACCUGAGUCACCUUUUGACCCUGCUUAUUUCUAUGGUGCAAAGUGAUAAUCAUGUAAAAAUUCUUGAUUAUGAACCCCUGGUUGAGCUAACUGGUCUACUCUUGCGGACUUCUCUUAUUCCGUACCUUACCAUCAAGAUUGCAGACCCACAACUGCAGGUCAUUGAAAAAGUCCUUAAGCUAAUGCUAUGCAUUAUUGAUGGUCUCAGAAAGUCCAAGAAUGUGGCAGAUUUGAGGCGUGUCUCUUCAGAAUGGUGGAAAGUGUUUGAUUUGAGGAGCCAAUGUUUACUGGAUUUUAUUGAAGAUCUACUGAAGGACCCCAGUGUUGUUCAUUUCUUUGGAAAACACAUUACACGUUCAUUCAACAAUUUGAUAGACAUGUUCCCUGAGGAAGUUUUGCGUUUAAUGAUCAAUUUCUGUGGGAAACUGGAAAACGAAAACUCUAGCUUCUUAGAUUGGAAUAACAAGGAAACAUCCUCAAGAAUUUACCAUUUCACUGAACAAAGUCUUCAUCACUGGACUAGUAAGAUUACAGAAGCUGUAAGAGGGAAUUUUAUUCUCUCUCCGUUACAACAAAAUGAACUGGCUGUCCUGUGGGCUGUUGUUCGGUGCUAUUCUCAUUUUGGAGAUUCCCAAUCAAAUCCAUCUUUACUGAUGGACCUGAUAAAUGCAAUUGAUGAGUUUAUGGUUGUGAAAGCUGAUUUUGGAGGCAUUUCUCCACUCACUUGGCAUACUUUGAUUGGUGAGGCUUUGCGUUCUUACCAUAAGUUAGCUUUCAGUGGAAAUACUACUGAUAUGGAUUCUGCAAUGCCAAAAUUAUUGGAUCUUGCCCAGAAAUACAAGUUAUCACCGCAAAUAUUAUCAGCAGUAGCCAGUAUUUUGGAUUCGAUCCCUGAAAAAUGCCCUUACCUUCCAGGCAGUGAAGCUGGAAAGGGGUUAGGUGCUUUGGAUGUAUUUGCGGAAAAUCUAUGUCAUGCCAACAAAGAAGUCCGCCUUUGCACCUUGCGCAUAUUAUGCUUUUAUGAACCACAUUGGAAGAGUGAGAUCGAUGCUGGAUGUGAUACUAAAUUAGAUGCUUCUGAGAUUAGUCAUGUAAAUGGAUCCCGUGACAGUGUUCUUGACCUUCUCAGAUCAAUUGAAGAGACCACCCUUUCUAUUGAGACAAGCCGUAAAGUCAUUCUACUGAUUUCUAAAAUACAGAUGAACCUGAGUGCUCGCAUUGUUGCUAAUCAGUACAUUCCUGUUGUAUUAUAUGGAGUUAUUGGUGUAUUCCAUAACCGAUUUAGCCACUUAUGGAAUCCUGCCCAAGGGUGCCUCACGGUCCUCAUCAAACAAUAUUGCAAGAUCGUUUGGAACAGAUAUAUAACAUAUCUUGAACACUGUCAAUCACUUUUUCUGGCAUCUCAUGAUCAACAUACAACAAGCAGAAAUGAGUAUAAGGAGGACACUGGUUUACUGGGAUGUUUCAAUUCUGAUACCUUCCCUCAAUUCGAUAGUACUCCUCAGGCAACAGUUUUGUCCCUCUUGAUUCAGUCAUUACAGAAUGUUCCAGCAAUUGCAGAAUCUCACUCUCAGCAAAUAAUACCCCUGUUUCUCAAUUUCUUGGGCUACAAUGUUGAUAAGAUGACAAGUAAUGUUGCCGAAACAGCAAUUGAGCAUAAAGGGAAAGAAUGGAAGGGGGUUCUCAAAGACUGGUUAAGCUUAAUCCGAUUGUUUCGCAAUCCGAAAGCUUUACAUCAAGAAAAGUUUUUCAAGGAUGUUCUGCUGUAUAGGCUUCUUGACCAGAAUGACCCUGAUGUACAAAUGAAAGUUCUAGAGUGCCUUAUGAAUUGGAAAGAUGAUUUCUUGCUUCCGUACCGGGAUAAUAUGGUAAAUUUGAUCAAUGGUAAAACUUUAAGGGAGGAGCUUACUAGGUGGAGCUUAUCAAGAAAUUCUAUUAAUCCGAUUGAUCUUGGACAUAGAGCUUAUGUUAUACCAGUUGUGAUACGGAUACUAAUACCGAAAGUUAGAAACUUGAAAAUGCUUGGUAGCCAGAAGAAUGCAAGCGUUAAUCAUCGUAAGGCCGUUCUUGGAUUCUUAACUGAGGUUGAUGUUGAUGAGCUUCCUCAAUUCUUCUGGUUGUUGAUGAAGCCCCUACUUUCUAGCUCUCAAAAUUAUGAUGAAAUAAGUAAAAAUUUCUUGAGUUUACCCCAAAAUCCGAAGGGUGAAGUUCAUACGAAUGACAUCCUUAAACAUUUUACAUCUGAGACCAUAAACGCCCUAUCUUUGAAAAAGAAAUAUGGUUUUCUUCAUGUUGUUGAAGAUAUUUUGGCAGUUUUUGGCGAAUCUCACCUCAAUCCUUUUCUUGAUCUACUAAUCAACUGUGUCACACGGAUCUUAGCAAGCUGCACUUCAUCUAUUACGAAUUCCAAGAUUGAUGGAUUGCCUUCUUCACAGAACUCUUCUAGUUCUGCUAUGGCUGUUGCUCUCCAUGAUGAAGUGGAGGACCAAGUCACGGAGAGAACGGGUGUGAAGCAAUUUAAAGACUUGAGAUCUUUGUGUCUGAAGAUCAUAUAUCAAGUUCUUAGUAAAUUUGAGGAUCACAACUUUGGUGAUGGAUUUUGGGACCUCUUCUUUACAUCAGUGAAACCCUUAAUAGACAAUUUCAAAAAGGAGGGUGCUAGUAGUGAGAAGCCAAGUUCUCUGUUUAAUUGCUUUCUUGCUAUGAGUAAAAGCUACAAGCUUGUGCCACUAUUAUGCAGGGAGAAGAAUCUUGUGCCUGAUAUUUUCUCCAUGCUAACUGUUCCCUCAGCUUCAGAGUCAAUUUUAUCAUGUGUUUUGAAGUUCACUAAGAACUUAUUGAAGCUUGAUAGUGAAUUGGAUGAUGAAGAUACCAUUGUAAAAAGUGUACUGCUUCCUAAUCUUGAUGUACUUAUGCACAGCUUGCAUAGUAUUUUUGGCAGUGACAGUGGUGUUAAGAGGUCGGUUGUGAAGCUCCCUGGAAAAAGGGAACUCACAAUUUUCAGCUUGCUAUCAAAGUAUGUUAACGAGUCUUCAAUAGCUGAAAGUUUUGUUGACAUACUUCUCCCCCUUCUCACAAAGAGACAUCAGAGUUUCGAUAUCUGUAUUGAUGUGCUACAAAUCAUCCGUCAUGUGGUAACGGUGCUGGGAAGUGGAAGUAAUAGAAGAAUUUUGAAUUCAAUCACUCCUCUUCUUAUCUCAUCUGGGUUGGAUGUCCGCAUUGCUAUAUGUGGUCUUCUUGAGACAAUCGCAGCAGAUGAUUCCUCUGUAUACAUACUGGCGCAAAUUCUUCGUGAGCUAAAUGCAACGUCAGAUAUGGAGGUCAUUGGCUUGGACUAUGACAAAAUACUAGCAGCUUAUGACAAAGUUAACUUGGAAUUCUUUUACUCUAUUCGGGAAGAGCACGUGUUGCCAAUCUUGGCUCAUUCUGUACAUGACAUGUCUUCUGGUGAUUUGAUCUUGAGGCAAAGUGCAUUCAGGUUGUUGCUCUCCUUCAUUGAGUUCUCUGCUAAGAUACUUCAUGGAUCCAUGGACUCCGAACAGAUGUGGUCUAAGACAAGCAUUAAGCAAGUGGUGAAUAAUUUUAUCUUGAAACAUAUGGGAAAUGCAAUGGAAAAAGAAGGUCCUAUAAAGAAGGUAUGGAUUGACUUGCUUCGGGAAAUGGUGCUGAAACUUCCAGAGGUUGCAAACCUCGAUCCAUACAAAGCUUUGUGCAGUGAUGAUGCAGAACAAGACUUUUUCAGUAACAUAGUUCACUUACAGAAACAUAGGAGAGCAAGGGCAAUUACUCGCUUUAAAAGUGUUGUCAGCUCAGGGAAUCUCACGGAGGCCAUCAUGAAUAAGGUGUUUGUCCCACUGCUGUUUAGCAUGUUGUAUGAUGUGCAAGAUGGAAAGGAUGAACAUAUAAGAAGUGCAUGUAUUGAUGCCCUUGGCGCAAUAUCUGGUUGUAUGAAGUGGAAUAAAUACUAUGCAUUACUUCUCAAGUGCUUCCGUGAUUUAGCUCAAAAACCAGAGAAGCAAAAAAUUGUGCUGCGGCUUUUAUGCUCUAUCCUCAAUCAUUUCCAUUUUUCAGAAUCGAAUUUGGAAAAUGAACCCAUGGUUUUGGAUGGUGAUGUUCCUGAUCCCUACACUGUUGAAAAGGCUUCAUUACUGCCAAGCGAUACUACCACUUCUGGUGAACUCUCUGUUGUCCAGACUUGUGUAGUAAAGAAUUUAUUCCCCAAGAUUCAGAAACUGUUGAAUUCGGAUUCUGAGAAUGUCAAUGUUACUACCAGCCUGGUUGCGCUUAAGCUUCUGAAAUUGCUUCCGUAUGAGAUCAUGGAGUUGCAUCUUCCAACAAUUGUUCACCGUAUUUCCAACUUUCUCAAGAAUCGUUUGGAGAGUAUCCGGGAUGAAGCUAGAUCUGCAUUGGCUGCUUGCUUAAAGGAACUUGGCCUAGAGUAUCUGCAAUUUAUUGUCAAAGUUCUGAAGGGCACACUGAAGAGGGGUUUUGAAUUGCACGUGCUUGGAUACACGCUCAAUUUCAUGUUGUCAAAGUUUCUUACGAAUUUGACAUGUGGUAAGUUGGAUUACUGCUUAGAAGACCUUCUUUCUGUAGUGGAAAAUGAUAUACUUGGCGAUGUCUCGGAUGAAAAAGAAGUGGACAAGAUUGCUUCGAAAAUGAAAGAGACAAGGAAGCAGAAGUCAUUUGAAACUCUCAAAUUGAUUGCGCAGAAUGUCACCUUCAAGACUCAUGCUUUGAAACUGCUUUCGCCUGUCACGGCGCAUCUGCAAAAGCAGCUUACACCAAAGGUGAAGUUGAAAUUGGAGAACAUGCUGAAUCACAUUGCUGCUGGUAUUGAAUGCAAUCCGUCUGUUAACCGGACUGAGCUGUUUAUAUUCACCAAUUGCCUUAUUAGAGACGGUAUUGAAGAUGAAGGCAACGAGCAAGAAAAAGCCUCAGAAAAUAAACCAGAAGGAGGUGAUGACAGUGCUCAAGCAAAUCAUGGUAACAGAUUGAUAAAUGUUGAUCGGCGUUUUUCUUAUUUAAUUACUGCAUUUGGUCUCGGAGUCCUGCAGAAUUACAUGAAAAAAUUGAAGCUUGACAAAGAAGACGAGCAACUAUUAUCAUUACUAGACCCUUUUGUGAGUUUAUUGGGUCGGUGUUUGAAUUCCAAGUAUGAAAGUAUCACAACGACAGCACUUAGGUGCUUGUCACCGCUCGUGAAGUUGCCAUUGCCAAUGCUUCAGUCCCAAGCCGAUCAAAUCAAGAAUUCAUUGCUAGUAAUUGCUCAAGGCUCGAUAAUCUCAAGCCCUCAACUUAUGGAGGCGUGUAUAAAGCUGUUGACGGUGCUUCUGCAAAGCACUAAAAUUACACUUUCGGCUGAUCAACUGCAUAUGCUGAUCCAGUUUCCUUUAUUUGUCGAUUUGGCUAGAAAUCCUUCGUUUGUUGCACUCUCACUUUUGAAAGCUAUUGUGCACCGAAAGCUGGUGGUUCCCGAGAUAUAUGAUGUUGUCCAGAUUGUUGCGGAACUGAUGGUACAAAGUCAACAAGAACCAAUUCGGAAAAAGUGUAGUCAAAUCUUACUUCAGUUUUUGCUUGGCUAUCAUCUUUCGGAGAAGCGACUACAGCAACACCUAGAUUUCCUGCUCGCUAAUCUCAGAUACGAACAUUCCACCGGAAGAGAAGCCGUCCUCGAAAUGAUUCAUGCAAUUAUCCUGAAAUUUCCACGAAAAAUUAUAGAUGCUCAAUCUCAAACAAUGUUUUUGCAUUUGGUCAUCACUUUGGCGAAUGAUGGUGACAGCAAAGUUCGUUCCAUGACUGCAGCUGCAAUAAAGUGCCUCAUCGGGCAUGUGAGCCCGCAUUUAUUACAUUCAAUUCUUGAAUACAGUCUUUCUUGGUACGUCGGUGUAAAACAGAAUUUGUGGGCUGCUGCAGCACAGGUUUUAGGUUUGCUCGUGGAAGUUAUGGGGAAAAAAUUCGAGAAGCACCUAACUCAAAUACUUCCGGUAAUGAGAAAGAUUUUGCAAUCUGCUCUAAGUUCUGCCACAUCCACUGAACAAAACUCAUCGGAAGAAACAGCUCCUCUAUGGAAAGAGGCAUAUUAUUCAUUGGUUAUGUUGGAGAAGAUCCUAAAUCAGUUUCACAACCUGUUCUUUGAUCGAGAUCUUGCGGAUAUAUGGGAAGCUCUAUGCGAAUUCCUAUUACAUCCUCACACGUGGCUGCGCAACAUAUCAAAUCGAAUUCUGUCAUAUUACUUCACUGCCGUAACCAAUAACUGCAGACAGAACAACGCAACUUCCAUGGAAGCCUUCAUUUUGAUGAGACCGGGCAUCCUUUUCCUCGUAGCUGUUUCUUUAUGUUGUCAGCUGAAGGUACAAUUGAAUGAUGACGCAGCCGGCAGCGUUAUUCUUCAGAAUCUCGUCUUUGCAGUUUGCAGUCUCCAGUCCCUUUUAGGAAAGGACGAGUGCAUGGACAUUCCCAAAUACUGGUCGAGCCUUGAACAACGCGAGAAAGAGUACUUCCUUAAAGCUUUCGGCGCGCUCGAUCCUAAAAAGGGAAGGAGGACACUUGUCACUUUUACUUCCGACUUUGUUAGUCGGCAUAAUGGACAUCAUCAACAUCCAUUUAUUUCAUACUUCCUUCAGAGGAUGGGAAAGUUAUCCUUCCAAAUGGAGGUCCCUCAGAUGAAAAUAGUCUUCAGCUGUUUCAAAUCAGUUGCGCCGAAGCUGCUCGGAAGCUAUGAAACAGCUCCACCAGUCGACAGCGAAGAUCUCUACAGUUACGCGUAUCAAUUGUUGCAGCCUCUGUACCGUGUCUGUGAAGGCUACACCGGGGCAGUUGUUUCAGAUGAUCUGAAGCAGUUGGGAAAUGAGGUUUGUGAAAGCAUAAGAGACAUAAUGGGAGUGCAGAAGUUUGUACAAAUCUACAGCCAAAUAAGGAAGAAUCUUAAAGAGAAGCGCGACAAAAGGAGACGAGACGAGAAAGUGAUGGCUGUCGUGAAUCCGGUAAGAAAUGCGAAGCGGAAGCUUAGAGUUGCAGCUAAGCAUAAGGCUAAUAAGAAAAGGAAGAUGAUGACAAUGAAGAUGGGGAGAUGGAUGUGAUGAUUUAUGGAUGCUUCAGAUUAGGAUUUUUGUUAGAGGAAGACGACGACGACGACGACGAUGACGGGUAAUUAAAUUAAAUUAAAUUAAAUUAAAUUAAUUGUCUUUUAGAUUCUUGAUGAGUUCUUCAAUUUUGAUUUAUAUGUUGUAGAUUUUUAUUGAAUCAACACUAUUUAUACAAAUUAUGGUUAGAUCUAACAAGAAAUUAAUUAAAUAUAUCUAAGCACUGCCCUAUAUUU